AUGGAAGCAGAGCUCGCGCGCCGGGCACUGAUCUUUCAGCAAGCCUCGUGCAACACUCCCAAGGUCACCAUCCCAGCAUUGAGUCUCGCAUGUCUCGACGACGGCCAGCAACAGAUUGCUACCAUUCCACUCGCGAAUGUCUACGACGGCACCACCAGCACCACCAGCACUACGACCCACGAGCCCAAGUUCAGGAAGGCUAUAACUCACACAUUCACACUGAAAGGUCGCAUCACGGACCAGGACAUUGUGGACAACCUGAUCGCCACCGACGAUGCACGCACCAUCAAUCCUGCCGAGAAGCAGCAUGCAAAGGCGCAUAUUGUCACAGCGCAGAGGGAUGAUGUUUUCAUUUGUACUUGCACUUACGACGCAUGCGAGCCACCAAGAGUGGAAAGAAGGCGAGAUGAGACAGGUACGAAGACGGGAGUGUACUGCAACGACCUAUACCCUGGUGUCUCUGGAAAGCUUUUGGAUCUUCUGACUCUGAAGAUGAUGAUGUUGGUUCCGACGACGACGAAGAAUCAGACGACGAACAUCGGCGUCGAGCCACCUAGCACGACUUAUGGGAACGAUCAGACCGCCCAAGCGUACGAGGACACCGUCUUACAUGCAUCCAAAGUCCGCUUUCACCAGGCUCAACUCCCGGCGCAAAUCGUCCAGGAGGCUGAGGAGAGAUAUGUCGAGAAAGGGGUUGGCGAGAUGAAAGAGGGCAAGAUGGAAGAUGGCGAGAUGGCGGGCGGUGAGAGGGCAGAUAUGAAGAAGGCGAUGCAUACCUCCGUGCAGACUAGUACCAGAAUUUUGACAUUGGCAUCGAGAAAAGCGCCAGCCUCGGUUCCGACGAAACGUAUCAAAGGAUGA